GUGAUGGAAUGUCAUGGCUCCCCAUUGCUAAGGAAACUUACCUCAAGAAGAAAGCUUUCCCUUGCUGUGUGCUUUCCUGGGAAUGUCAGCCACGUCAUGCCUCGGUCCUGGAAUACUGUCAGCGUGGAAGAACAGGAAUGGAAUGCAGUCAGUGGACCUCAUCCAGGUCACUUCGGGGAUUCUGCAUGGGCCCUUGAUUAUCUUACACUGAACUGAUCAAGUACUUUGAAAAUGACUUCGAAAUGUCUCUUGGUGCCCUUCGUACUUGCUGCAUUAACUCUUUCAACUACGUUUUCUCUCCAACCAGACCAGCAGCAGAAGGUUCUACUAGUUUCAUUUGAUGGAUUCCGUUGGGAUUACUUAUAUAAAGUUCCAACACCCCAUUUUCAUUAUGUUAUGAAGCACGGUGUUCAUGUGAAGCAAGUUACCAACAUUUUUAUUACAAAAACCUACCCUAACCAUUAUACCUUGGUGACUGGUCUCUUUGCAGAGAGUCAUGGGAUUGUUGCCAAUGACAUGUUUGACCCUAUUCUGAACAAAUCUUUCUCCUUGGAUCAUAUGAAUAUUUAUGAUUCUGACUUUUGGGAAGAAGCGACACCCAUAUGGAUCACGAAUCAGAGGGCGGGACAUGCUAGUGGUGCAGCCAUGUGGCCCGGAGCAGACGUAAGAAUACACAAGAGCUUCCCUACUCACUACAUGCCUUACAAUGAGUCCGUUUCAUUUGAAGAUAGAGUUGCCAAAAUUAUUGAAUGGUUUACAUCAAAGGAGCCCAUAAAUCUCGGUCUUCUCUAUUGGGAAGACCCCGAUGACAUGGGCCACCAUUUAGGACCCGAGAGUCCACUCAUGGGGCCUGUCAUUUCAGAUAUUGACAACAAGCUAGGCUAUCUCAUCCAAAGGCUGAAAAAGGCAAAGUUGUGGAACAAUCUGAACCUGAUCAUCACAAGUGAUCAUGGAAUGACCCAGUGUUCUGAGGAAAGGGUAAUAGAACUCGACCAAUACCUGGACAAAGACCACUACACCCUGAUUGACCAAUCUCCAGUGGCAGCCAUCUUGCCAAAAGAAGGUAAAUUUGAUGAAGUCUACGAAGCACUAGCUCAUGCUCAUCCUAAUCUUACCGUUUACAAAAAAGAAGAGAUUCCAGGAAGAUGGCAUUAUAGAUACAACAGUCGAAUUCAACCAAUCAUAGCAGUGGCUGACAAGGGGUGGUAUAUCUUACAGAAUAAGUCAGAAGACUUUAUGUUAGGCAACCACGGUUAUGAUAAUGCAUUGGCAGAAAUGCAUCCAAUAUUUUUAGCCCAAGGUCCUGCCUUCAGAAAGAAUUUCACAAAAGAAGCCAUGAACUCCACAGAUCUGUACCCGCUGCUGUGCCACCUCCUCAACAUCACCACCAUGCCACACAAUGGAUCAUUCAGGAAUGUGCAGGACCUGCUCAGUUCAGUAACUCCAAGCCAAAUUCCUUAUACCCAGAGCACGACGCUCCUCCUUGGGAGUGUCAGACCAGAAGAGUAUGAGCAAGAGGAGGCGUACCCUUAUUUCAUAGGGGUCGCUCUUGGCAGCAUUAUAGUGCUUGUGUUUUCUGUAAUUUUCAUUAAACACUUAAUUCGCAGUCAAAUACCUGCCUUACAGGAUAUGCAGGCUGAAAUAUCUCAACCGUUAUUACAAGCCUAAUGCUACUUUGAAGUGAAAUUGCAUAUUGAAGCGGAGAUUGCAUAGUUCUGUCAGUGUUUAAAGGUUUCAAAUUCUAAGAAACCAGUUGCAGACAUUUGCAGAGACUAUCAAGCGGUUCUAUACAUAUUUAGGUACAGUCUCUCUCUCUCUCUCUCUCUCUCUCUCUCUCUCUCUCUCUCUCUCUCACACACACACACACACACACACACACACACCCACAGACCAAAAUACUCAGACCUGCAAAGGAUUAAAAAUGUGAGAGUAUAUCUCCAUUGUUUCUCUUUAGCUUGAGGAAAGAUAAGAUCUUGCUUUAUUUGGACUUGGCACAUAAUGUAUAUAUUUAGCAACUUUGCACUAUUUCAAGUACCUUAUACAUUGCACUUUAAAUUUACUUUCCUAAUGAGAACUGUUAUUUGAAAUGCACUUUAUAGGCAAUUAUGUCUUACAGUUUGGUUGAAAACAACAACUUUUUGUGCCCAUGUCGCAGAAUAGUACUUACUGUUUAAACUGGAUGGAAUUUCUAAUAAUUCCUGAAUAAUGUAGAAAUCUAUUUCCUUAAAUCGGGACAACUGUUGAAAAUUAAAUGUGACAACCUUUGUACCUUUAAUUUUGGAGAGAUGUAAUCCCUACAGCAGGGUGCAUCUGUGAGCAUUUCUUGUCAUAUUUCUUUCAAAAACCAUGGGUUUUCAUUUGUUUUUUCCCCCCAAAAAAAUCCAUGUACUGACAGAUUCAUCCUGUCAUAAAAUGAAUUAUUGCUAUUUUCUGAUUAGUCAUAUUACUCUGAUUUUUAUAAAAAUAAAGGCACCACAAAUAGACAUUUCUUUCCUGUGUAGUUCAGCCAUGGCCUGAAUAGAAGAGAUCAGGCACCAUCUCAGCCAUGUUUUCUCUUGUCUGUGAUUAAUUUGCUUCUUUGAAAACUAAAUCAUUAUUAAUAGCAUUAAAAAUCAAACUAGAUUUUUUAAAAGUCUGUUUUCUUUCUGGUAGCAUAUAAUAACAGAGCACAAACAUCUUUUAGAUUUGCACAUUUGAAGAUCCAGAGUUGAAAAACAGCACAAAUUAUAUGAGGGAAACUAUAGGCCACUCAAUUCUUGAAAAGAGCUGUGUGGAACCCGAGAAAUAAAUUAGGCAGGACCACAAACGAGAUGUUCACACUCUUACCCAGAACAAUGGUAAUGAGUGUCCACUGGCAAAAACUACCAAAAUGACUCCUAGUGGUAACAGGUAUUAAAACAAGAACUGCAAUUAUGUAGCCCUGUUUCAAGAAAUAUUUGAAUACCCACCAACCAGGUACCCAGUGGAAUCAAAGAGGGAUCCAAGUCCAGAAGUAGACUUCUACCUCCUGGGUAGUAGUUUUCACCUGCCUGGUCACCUCAUCCCCUCUCUUUCCAACAAUACAAGCCUAUGCUUUAGAUUUCAAAAAAAUUAAGAAGUUUGGGAGAGCCGUAGUAUUGCAUAUGGUUUCUUAGAGGAAAGAGGAAGAUUUGAAAGGAAAAGCUUUCCCUGAAGAAAAUAUAAAGCAGAUUACAACCACAUGGCUAAUAAGUAGAUGUUAACAAAAUGGUAUAUAACUAUUGCAGAAAGAAAGAACAAAUUGGAUGUGAAGGACAAAAGUGAAGAGUUAAGAAUGUUGCAUUUAAGUGCCUCUAAAAGUAGGUGAAUGAAUUAUUUUUUAAAUGAUAAUGCUAAAGGAAUGUUAGCACCUAAUUGUCAUUUCAUUACAAAAUCUGUUAAUAGGAUGGAAUCGAACAACAGGAAAUGAUCUAUAGAUAAAAAAGCAGAGAAUUUAGAUGGUAGCGGUAGCAAACUCCCCAGAAUUUUAUACUCUGGAUUAGACAUUCCAAAAUACUUGAGCACUCAUGUUGGCUUGCUUUGUAGCUAUGAACUUAGCUGCAUUAUCGAGAUGUCAGUAGAAUGACUAAAAGUUGAAAUAAGUCUACUGUCAAGCAUUGCUGUUCAAAUCUGUCCAUCUAAAUGAAUUGUUGCAUUAAAUUCAUUUUAGAAGGUGCUAUUAAGUAGUAUUAGCACCUUCUUUGUAGUAAGAAGAAAGUAAAUUUGUAGUAAGAAGAAAGUAAAUUCUGUAACAUUGAUGAAAGCAUUAAAAUUCUGAUAUGAA